AUGACUGCUUAUCCUUCUGUGCACAUCGAAGGUGAUAUGGCGGGGAGGCUGUCUCUCGAUGAUGCUAUGAGAGGCUUGGCACCAGGGAAUCUUCGAAGUCCCUCUCCGACAACCACACUUUCAUCUACCUCAAUUCAUGACCGUGCAUCCACGCCAGCCAGCUCACAGGAUGAUGAGCCAUUAUCUUCUGCCAAUUUUGAACCAAUCGCUAUCGUCGGCAUGGGGAUGAGGCUUCCAGGAGGAGUUAGGACGGACAAGGAAUUUUGGGAUUUUUUGAUUGAGAAAAAGGAUGGGCGUUGCAAAGUCCCCGGCACACGCUAUAAUGUUGAUGCGUUUUAUCAUGAGUCUAAACAACACUCUGUAAAAACACAGUAUGGUUAUUUUUUGCAAGAGGACCCUGCCUUCUUCGACACAGGUUUCUUCUCUAUUGGCUCGUUCGAAGCCGCGAGAUUGGAUCCACAGCAACGCCUGUUGAUGGAAGUUAUCUGGGAAUGCAUGGAAAGCGCCGGCCAGACUGGAUGGCGAGGAGAUAACGUCGGCUGUUAUGUCGGAGUUUAUGGUGAAGAUUGGCUCGAUUUGAAUAGUAAAGAUAUACAUUGGAUUGAUCGUUAUCAUGUUCUGGGUACUGGAAACUUUGCAUUAUCAAAUCGCAUAUCCUAUGAAUAUGACCUCAGAGGACCUAGUAUGACAUUACAAACUGGCUGUUCGUCCUCUCUUGUUGGGCUCCAUGAAGCUUGUAUCGCUAUACAGGCUGGAGAUUGUUCGUCUGCUAUUGUUGCGGGAACAAAUCUAAUAUUUACGCCAACAAUGACAACUACAAUGUCCGACAAUGGAGUUUUGGCUCCAGACGGAAUUUGCAAGACAUUUGAUGCUGCAGCUAAUGGCUAUGGACGUGGAGAGGCUGUGAAUGCACUUUAUAUAAAACCAUUGAAAGAAGCUCUUCGCGCUGGUGAUCCUGUCAGAGCUAUCAUUCGUUCUUCUAGCACAAAUUGCGAUGGCAAAACACCCAGCAUUACCACACCUGGCUCUGAGUCGCAGAAGCGGCUUAUUAAAAAAGCCUAUGAAAGAGCAGGUAUUGAUGAUAUUACCGAAACUGCCUUUUUUGAAUGCCAUGGCACAGGUACGGUUAUAGGGGACAAAAAUGAAGUCUCCGUAGUUGCUGAUCUCUUCGGAAGUAAGGGCGUAUAUAUCGGCGCGGUCAAGCCAAAUGUUGGCCAUUCAGAAGGUGCCUCGGGUUUAACUAGUGUGAUCAAAGGGGUGUUGAGUUUGGAGAAAAAUGUGAUUCCUCCAAACGCUCAUUUCAAGGAUCCUAGUCCAGAGAUUCCUUUCAAAUCAGCUCGACUUCAAGUUCCGAUAGAAGCCACGCCUUGGCCUGAAAAUCGAAAACAACGAGUUAGCGUGAACUGUUUUGGAAUAGGAGGUGCAAAUGCUCAUGUAAUAUUGGAGUCAGCAUCAUCACUUCUGCCGCCUGUAAUUGGGACCACUACAAGAACCAUCAAGCCACAAGAAGAUUCGUUACACCUACUCCUUCUAUCUGCAUCUAGUUCAUCUGCCUUGAAAAGCAAAGCCACCCUAUUGAAGGAGUACAAGGAAUCUCAGUCGCUAGAUAUAGAGGAUUUAGCAUACACAUUGGCGUUCCACCGCGAGCAUUUAAGCCACCGGACUUUCUUAAUUGGAAACAAGAACGAGAUCCACAUCCCAGAUCAGCUAACCGUGAACAAAUCAAACUUUUCUCCGUCUGUCACAUACGUCUUCACUGGACAAGGAGCACAAUGGACAGGCAUGGGUAAGGAUUUGCUGGAGAAUUAUGAUCAAUUCGCAAGCGAUAUCAAGAAAAUGGACGACAUUUUAAAGACAGUGAAUGAUCCGCCUCAGUGGACAAUAGAACAGGAGCUCCUGGCAGUAGGUGAUGACUCUCGAGUGAACGAAGCGGAACUGUCACAAACCCUUUGCACCGCUGUUCAAAUCGCCAUUGUCAACCUUUUGUCUAGUUGGGGAAUUCAAGCUAAUGCUGUUGUUGGACACUCCAGUGGCGAGAUCGCCGCCGCCUACGCAUCGAAUGCGCUCACAUUUGAGUCAGCCAUUAUUGUGGCUUACUACCGUGGGCAAAUGGCCAGAAAUUGUCGCUUAGGAUCUAUGGCAGCCGUUAGUAUGAGCUCAGCAGAACUCCAGCCGUACUUGCAACAUGGCGUUGUUAUUGCAUGCGAAAAUAGUUUUCAGAGUACAACUAUAUCCGGUGACCCCGAACAAGUUGAUAAGGUGAUUAAAGCUAUAUCUCAGAGCAAACCAAAUGUUUUUUGUCGAAAGCUUCGAGUCAAAGUUGCUUACCAUUCACACCAUAUGCAUGAAUUGGGAAACGCAUAUGAAGAAGCAAUCAAGCCCUAUAUAAAUUUGAGAAAAAGAACUGUACUCUUUUUCUCAAGUGUCACAGGUUCACUAUUGGAGGAGGCUAGCAAGCUAGAUGCUACUUACUGGCGUCGGAAUCUGGAGUCCCCUGUGCUAUUUUCCUCCGCCCUCAGUAGUAUUGUGAAGAAUGCACAGCGUAAUCAACUCUUUCUUGAGAUAGGACCACAUUCCGCCCUAGCAGGCCCAAUACGUCAGAUAAUAAAAAGUACAAAGGGUCCAAAGGAAUCUGUCUACGUUUCGACCCUCACUAGGGGUACGAAACAAGUACGCAAUAUGCUCGAAACUCUGGGCCACCUUUAUUCACAUGGCGCUUCAGUCGAGAUCCAUAGGUUGUUUGAUACAUGCGGUAGAAAAUUUUUGAUGGAUCUUCCUCUCUACCCUUGGGAUCAUGAGGAGCGGUACUGGCAUGAAACCCGGGCCACACAGAGCUGGCGGCUGAGGGAGUUCCCUCAUCAUGAAAUACUCGGCUCUAGGCUGCCAGGUUCAAGUGACAUUGAGCCUGUUUGGAGGAACAUAUUGCGUCUUGAAGACGUGCCAUGGAUAGCUGAACAUGUUCUUUGUAAUGAUAUCGUCUUUCCAGGGGCAGGCUAUAUCGCCAUGGCAGGAGAAGCUAUCCGACAAAUAACAGGUUGCGACAGAUACGUGGUUAAAAAUCUUUUUCUCAAAACUCCAUUGUUUCUUCACGAAAUGCAAGCUACAGAGAUUUUGACUAGCGUGAAGCCCGCCCGUCUGACAGAUAUUGCUGAUGCUGACUAUUAUGAUUUCACCAUUUCUGCUUAUGAUGGAACUAAUUGGAUAAAACACUGCCAAGGGCAUGCCAGUAAAGGUGCUGAAGAUGACCCAGAACCAAAAGGUCUCCAACCCUUUAUUCGAAAAGUUUCAUCAAAGUUCUGGUAUGCCUUUAUGGCUAAGUUAGGCCUGAGCUAUGGGCCUCGCUUUCAAGGCCUACAGAAUAUCACAACGCAUCCGGCUGAGAAAUUAGCUCAUGCCACUUCCCAUGAUGACGGCACUUGGCAUGAAAGUCACUAUUCGAUACACCCGACUCUUAUAGACCAAACAUUGCAGUUAAUGGGCGUUGCAGUUUCGCGGGGCUUGACUCGUGUUGUGGAUAAAUUAUGCGUACCAAUUCAAAUUGAGACUAUCGAGAUCAGCAAAGCGACCGGUGUAUUUGCCAUAGAAGCGACUACCAAUCAUAUGUCUGGGGCAACAAUGUCUGGAAAUGUGACUGCCACAGUCGAUAGUCGACCCGUGAUCUCUCUGAAAGGGGCCUCGUUUUUCUCUAUCGAUGACAGCCAAAGUGUUGGAGACUCAAAAAUUCCUCUGACUUCUCAACCUCAAUGGAGACCUGAUAUUGAUUUGGUUCCUCAGGAGUCUCUUCUCCCAUUCUUGCCCCAAGGGCGAAAGUCGGAAAUCUAUUCGACCAUAAUUUCUCUAUGUGUUAUUGAUACUGCGUUGGCAUUACAAGAUUUGGAGCCCGUAACGGACCAUCUCAAGAAAUAUAAAAGUUGGGUUUGUGGCAUGUUUGAUCGGAUCGGCACUAACAGUGAGGAGAUCUGGAAGGCAAGCCAGGCAAAUGAAUGGGUCAAUGUCUCUUCCGAAGCCCGACGAGAAUUAUACGAUGAAGCUUUGUUGCAAGUUAAAUCUGAUGACUACGCAUCUCUUAACCUAUGUGCACUAAUGCGCCAGGUCAUGGACAACGCAAGUGAUGUUAUCCUGGGGAAGAAGCAACCCGUGGAAGUUUUGUUCCAAGACGAAAAGAUGAAAACCUUAUACUCGUCUAACUCUACAAGUGCUCAGUUUAAGCAUCUGUUUUCUUUACUUGUUCAUUCUAACCCAAGAAUGCGAGUACUGGAGAUCGGAGGCGGUACUGCAAGUACCACAACGAUAGCCCUUGAGCUCCUGCGUUCAUCUACAGGAGUCCCAAUGUUCCAAAACUAUACCUUCACCGAUAUUUCAGCCGCAUUUCUAAAAGCAGCAGAGGAAAGCUUCAAAGAGCAUAAGAAUAUGACUUGCAAGCUCCUGGAUAUAGCAAGAGACCCUCUUGAACAAGGAUUUGACUUGUCAAGCUUUGAUCUCAUCAUUGCCUCAAAUGUUAUGCACGCCAUUCCAAAACUUCAAACAGGCAUUGAAAAUGUGAAGAAGCUUCUGGCACCGGGAGGACGUUUUAUCUUGCAAGAGCUAUGUCCCGAUCUGCCUUGGGCGGACUAUAUAAUGGGUUUGCUGCCUGGUUGGUGGCUAGGCGAAGCGGACGGAAGGACAGAGAGGCCGUAUGUCAGACCGGAACGUUGGCAUAACGAACUUUUAGAAGCUGGGCUUACUGGAAUCGAGGCCCAAGCUUACGAUGAUGAAUGGCCACAGAGGAUGACUGCCAGCAUGCUUACUCGAAAGCCUCUGUUACCCGUACCUGACAGGAGGGUUACUCUUGUUACACAUUCAAAGCCUAACCAAUGGAUAAAAGAACUGGAAAAUCGGUUGCUACAAAAGGAAUUCACAGUCACUUGGGGUUCUCUAAAUGACAAGCAGCCAUCUACGCGAGAUGCAAUUUUCCUUCUCGAUCUCGAUGGACCCUUUUUUCAUAAUAUCUCUGAAGCUAAUUAUGAAAGCUUCAAAACAUACAUUUCGGCUUGCACAAAUACCCAUAUGUUGUGGAUAACACCAGGUAAUCAAGACAUGUGUGAAACUCCAUUUUAUGGACUCGUGUCUGGGGUUGCUCGAAGCCUCUGGAGAGAGAUGUCACUCGAUUUUGCAACAGUGAAAGUGGAUCGUUUUAAUUCGACGUCCGUCGAUGCUGUUACUCGAAUUUAUCAAAAGUUUCGGGAGCAAACUGCCACUUCCGCCAUGACUGAAUAUGAAUAUAUGGUAUCGGAUAACGUUGCCAAUAUUUGCAGGUUCGAGUGGAAAGCAAUUGAAGACCACCUCAGAACCACUUCUACCAAGGAUACGCCAAGGAAAAUGUCAAUGAAGCAGCUCGGUCUCAUUGACACAAUCGAGUGGACGCUCGACGAUGAAGAAGAAUUGAAAGCAGAUGAGGUUAACGUCGAUAUCGCCUAUUGUGGUCUCAAUUUCAAGGAUAUAAUGAUUAGUAUGGGUGUAUUUGGGUCAACCAAAGAUGUUGGCAUCGAAGGUAGUGGUUCUGUGCGUUCGAUCGGAAGCAAUGUGAAAAAUCUUAGCGUAGGCGAUGAAGUCCUCCUUAUUGGUAGUGGUAUUAUGAAAACGCGCAAGACCGUCACUGCAGACCGCUGUAUCAAACUACCCGCAGAUCUAUCUCUUGAGGAUGCGGCAACAAUGCCAGUGGUGUUCGCUACGGCAAUUUACUCUCUGCUCCAUCUUGGACAUCUCAAAAAAGGUCAAUCUGUUUUAAUUCACUCUGCAUGUGGAGGAUUGGGACUUGCUGCAAUCCAGGUUUGUCAGGUGAUAGGCGCUGAGAUCUAUGCAACCGUUGGCAAUGAGGAGAAGAUUGCAUAUCUUGAAGCCAAUUUUGGAAUUCCUCGUGACAGAGUAUUCAAUUCGCGAAAUGACUCGUUCCUCCCAGCCGUAAUGCACGCGACGAACGGUAAAGGUGUGAAUAUUGUUUUGAAUUCAUUAUCCGGAAAGCUUUUACACGCAUCCUGGAGAUGUGUUGCCAAGCUUGGUAAAAUGAUAGAACUUGGUAAGCGAGAUUUGCUUGGGCAUGGAAUGCUUAGCAUGGAUUUGUUUCUGGAUAAUCGAGCUUUCUUCGGCGUCGACCUUUCCACUCUUACUGAAGAGGACCCUUCUGUUUUCAAAGACCUACUUACACAGUUCACGGAUUGGUUCAAAGAAGGCAAGAUAAAACCAAUUCGCCCCACUCGUGUUUUCGAAGCUGGAAAUAUUGUCGAUGCUUUCCGUUAUAUGCAGAAGGGUGCUCAUAUGGGUAAAAUACUUAUUAAGAUGCCUCAAAAUACAAGUGACAUGGUCACAGCGUCAUCAAAGCCACAUGUUUCUCUGUCCACUGAGAGAUCAUACCUACUUGUAGGUGGCCUUGGAGGGAUUGGCCGGGCUGUUUCAAACUUUCUUGUGGAAAAAGGUGCUCGUCAACUUAUCUUUCUUUCAAGGUCGGCUGGAAAACACGAGGAACACGCUCAAUUUCUUAAAGAACUGGAGGCUCAAGGAUGUCAAUCAUCACUUGUUCAAGGAAGCGUCCAGAAUUUGCAAGAUGUCCAGAGAGCCAUCAAUAUUAGUACAAAACCCAUCGCAGGUGUAAUUCAGUUGUCGAUGGUUUUAAGAGAUCAAUCAUUCUCAAAAAUGACCCUCGAUGACUGGUCUGCAGCUGUUGAUCCGAAGGUGGCUGGCACUUGGAAUUUACAUACCGCAACGGAGCAAUGCCCACUUGACUUCUUCAUUGCCUUUGGUUCAUUGAGCGGUACAUGUGGUAAUACAGGGCAGGCUAAUUAUUCAGCCGCCAACUCUUUCCUUGAUGAAUUCGUUCAAUAUCGGCGCAGUAAAGGCUUCCCAGCAUCGGUGCUGAACAUUGGUGCUGUGGGAGAUAUUGGAUUUGUGAGCCAAGACCAGAAGCUACUCGACCAUAUGAAGUCUUUGGGAAAUCGGCUUUUGCAAGAAAAAGAUAUCACGGAUGCAUUGGAAGUAAUCAUUUCGACUUCGUCAUCCCAGAAAAUUGUGCAUGAUGCUGAUAGCAGCUCGCCAAAUUCGACUGGGAUGGUUAUUGGCUUAGCAGUUAACAAGCCACUCAGAACUUUAACAAUGCGCCCUCCAUGGACCAAUGAUCGUCGAUUUUUGGCAUAUGAAAACUAUGAGUUGCCAUCUUCUGAGCAAAGCACAGAAUCAGAUGAAGCAGGCCUAAGAGAUUUUGUGGGCCAGAUCGAGACGAAUCCAAUGUUGUUAAUGCAGGCCGAGACUGAGGCGAAGAUUCGAAGAGAACUAGGGAAGUUAAUAGUCACGCAUACGGCCUACGGUCAGAAGGAAGAGAUGACGGAAGAAGAGAUAUCCGGUAUUGCGAUUGAUUCUUUGAUGUCAAUUGAAAUUCGGAACUGGGCAAGGCGUAAGCUAUCCAUCGACAUCGCAUUGACUGAGAUAUCAAAGGCUGCGACUGUGGGCGGAUUGGCCAGAUUGACAGUGGAAAAGUUGAAACUCAAAUACGCGCCACAGACACAGGAAGGAGACGUUCAAACUGAAGCGGUUUCUUCAUAA